AUGCAGAGGAGAAUGGCAGCUUUUGAGUCACGGAGCUCAGAGAUGAUGGGCAGGAAGGGGCCCCGCAGAGACGAGGCCCCUGGAGUGGGCUGGGUAUGGAGCGGUUGUGGGGGGGUCGGGCGUACCACUAUAGUCCCACUCUCUGACAGAGAUGGAUGGGUUAUAGGCAAGGACGAAGGGACACCCAGGCUCUGCCCAGGGAGGCUCUCUACAGGGCGGGUUGGAGAUGAUAUUGAGGGGUGUAGCACCGGGCGAGUGGGGGGGGGGGGGGGGGGGCUACGAGGCAUUCUGCUGAUGAAGUCCUCUGUCUGCACCUCCUCUGUUCACCUCCUCUGUUCACCUCCGCUUUCACCUCCUCUGUUCACCUCCUCUGCACCUCCUCUGUUCACCUCCUCUGUGCACCUCCUCUGCACCUCCUCUGUUCACCUCCUCUGUUCACCUCCUCUGUUCACCUCCUCUGUUCACCUCCUCUGUUCACCUCCUCUUCACCUCCUCUGUUCACCUCCUCUGCACCUCCUCUGUUCACCUCCUCUGUUCACCUCCUCUUUCACCUCCUCUUUCACCUCCUCUGUUCACCUCCUCUGUUCACCUCCUCUGUUCACCUCCUCUGCACCUCCUCUUUCACCUCCUCUGUUCACCUCCUCUGCACCUCUGUUCACCUCCUCUGCACCUCCUCUUUCACCUCCUCUGUUCACCUCCUCUUUCACCUCCUCUGUUCACCUCCUCUGCACCUCCUCUGCACCUCCUCUUUCACCUCCUCUGUUCACCUCCUCUGAGCCUCCUCUUUCACCUCCUCUGUUCACCUCCUCUGCACCUCCUCUGUUCACCUCCUCUGUUCACCUCCUCUGCACCUCCUCUUUCACCUCCUCUUUCACCUCCUCUGCACCUCCUCUGUACCUCCUCUGUUCACCUCCUCUGCACCUCCUCUUUCACCUCCUCUGCACCUCCUCUGUUCACCUCCUCUGCACCUCAUCUGUUCACCUCCUCUGUUCACCUCCUCUGCACCUCCUCUUUCACCUCCUCUGUUCACCUCCUCUGCACCUCCUCUGUUCACCUCUGUUCACCUCCUCUGCACCUCCUCUUUCACCUCCUCUGCACCUCCUCUGUUCACCUCCUCUGUUCACCUCCUCUUUCACCUCCUCUUUCACCUCCUCUGUUCACCUCCUCUGCACCUCCUCUGUUCACCUCCUCUGCACCUCCUCUUUCACCUCCUCUGCACCUCCUCUGUUCACCUCCUCUUUCACCUCCUCUGUUCACCUCCUCUGCACCUCCUCUUUCACCUCUGUUCACCUCCUCUGCACCUCCUCUGUUCACCUCCUCUGUUCACCUCCUCUGCACCUCUGUUCACCUCCUCUGCACCUCCUCUGUUCACCUCCUCUGUUCACCUCCUCUGUUCACCUCCUCUGCACCUCCUCUUUCACCUCCUCUGUUCACCUCCUCUGCACCUCCUCUUUUACCUCCUCUGUUCACCUCCUCUGCACCUCCUCUUUCACCUCCUUUCACCUCCUCUGUUCACCUCCUCUGUUCACCUCCUCUGCACCUCCUCUUUCACCUCCUCUGCACCUCCUCUUGAACCAGGUGGAUGUGGACCGCAGGUUAUGGUCCCUCUAUGUAAAGUGGGCUGUGGUUUGA